AUGAGGACUAGAAUUCGGGAAUCAUUUGCUAUUCCUCAGGACAUCCAAAGUAUAUCCCGGGAUUUAAUGGGGAUAUUCCCAGGAUAUCCCGGUUGUCCGUCCUGGGUGUCCUUUGGAUUUCCCGAGGAUGUCAUUUUGGAUGCAGAAGAUGAUGACGAUGACGACGAUGAUGAUGAUUACAAUGAAGAGAAUUUUGAAACAAGAUUCGAGGAAGAAGAUGAAGCUUGCAACUAUUGGCAACUUAAAAAUUACAAUUUUGGUACUCGAAAAAAAAGUAUACGAAACGGGCAUAAGGAUCAUGAGCAUAGGGAUGACGAUGAAGUGGGAUCUGCAAAUCCUUGGCGAAAAACUGGCGGACUUCGUCUAACCAGGAACGAGUACCACCGAUUCUGUGAUGCUCAAUUAGAAUCUUAUGAUUUGGCGACGCAAUGUCCUUCUCGGAGGGCAUCUGCGAGAAGACACGCUGCAAAAUGCACUAUACCGUUAACAUCAUUCACGGGGACGACAUCCCUUCCACAGUCGAGGCCGCAGAGUCGGCAGCACGCCGGUCUCACGGACUCGACGUUGAGUCAAGGUCCAAGUCCCAACAUUAGCCUGAAUCCCAGCCCAAAUUGUAGUCCACAGCCACGAGCACCGAGACAACCACGACGGGCACAUACGAUUGCACACGAGAGUAAAAACGACAAAGCUCAUAGUGAUGAGUGGGAGGACGAUAUUGAUAAGGUAAGGAAUGCCAAGUCUAUACUGCCCCCUUCCUUUUUUAAACUAAACUUUGGAGACACUCGAUGUCAGGUUCGCAAAUAUUUUGAAUUGAAUAGUGUAAUGUGUUCUGUAGUUUUUGAUGAUUUUACUCUAAUUCUUAUGAAAUAG